UGCCCGGCCCCGGCCAUGGGGCGAGGGGCGGCAGCUGGGGCCCUACUGGUGGCACUGGUGGUGCUGGGAGCCCCCCCGGCUGCGGGGGCAGAGCUCUCGGGGGUGUUCCAGUUCUGGGCAGUGUCAGAGUGUCACUUCACUAACAGCACGCAGAAGAUGACGUUCGUGCAGAGGUACAUCUACAACCGGGAGCAGUUCGUGAUGUUCGUCAGCAACGUGGGGUACUACGUGGGGUUCACCCCCUAUGGGGAAGGGUGGGCCAGUGACUGGAACAGCAACCCGGCCACACUGGCGUACGCACGGUCUGUGGUGGACAUGGUCUGUCCGUACAACUACGAUGGGGUUCGCCCGUUCAGCGCCGAGCGCCGAGUGCCCCCCAGCGUGUCCAUCUCGCUGGUGCCCCCCUCGAGCUCCCAGCCCAGCCCUGGCCGCCUGCUCUGCUCCGUGAUGGAUUUCUACCCUGCUGCCAUCCAGGUGAGGUGGUUCCAGGGCCAGCAGGAGCUCUCGGAGCACGUGGUGGCCACCGACGUGGUCCCCAACGGGGACUGGACCUACCAGCUGCUGGUGCUGCUGGAAACGCCGCCCCGGCGCGGGCUCAGCUACAGCUGCCAGGUGGAGCACGUCAGCCUGGAGCAGCCCCUGAGGCGGCACUGGGAGAUGCCGCCGGACGCCGCCCGCAGCAAGAUGCUGACGGGCAUCGGGGGCUUCGUCUUGGGCUUCGUCUUCCUGGCGCUGGGGCUCGGCUUCUCCCUGCGCAAGAAGCUCCUGAGCCGGCGGCGGCCGCAGCCCCUCCCCAUGGGCUCGGGCCCGGCCGGGACCCCCCGCUCCGUCCCCGCUCCGCUGAUUUUGGGGGCUCCCGUGUCCCCCCAGCCCCGCUGGCGCUCCGCCCCCGCCCAGUGCCUGCUCCCAGUGCUCCCAGGUUUGUUUCUGUCCGCAGCAGAUUUUGGCCUCUGCGCUCAGCUCAGCCCUGUGCAGGACCAGUGCAGCUCCAUGGUGGGCACUGCUCACUGGAUGGCCCCAGAAGUUGUGACCAGAUCUCCUUAUGGCCCCAAGGUGGACAUUGGGCCUUUGGCAUUGUGA